AUGCCUUUCCUACGCCGCCGCGGCAACAUGGCCAGUGAGACCGAUAUACGCCGCCAUACCUACUUUGCGUCCAGCACUUCCGGCGACCUCCCUCCUCCGCUGCCCUCCCAACCCGAACAGACCGGUGAUGAUGAUGACGGUCCCAACGAGCAGCAUCUUCACCCCCAGCCUGCCGACGAAUCAACCAACAACCGCCCAGAAAGCCGCUCCGAGAGCCGUCCAGAUACCCCCCCGAUCCAGGAAGAGAAUAGCAAGCAUCGUCGCUUCUCUGUCCUUCGCUUCCGCAAUGCUUCCGACUCCCAGCUGUCUCUCCGAGCGAAGCAGCAGGCUGAGAAGCCCCCUCCACUACCGCGACCACCCGAGAUCAUCACCACUGCUCCUACCAACGACUUCAAUGGACCUAAGAAGAAACCGUCCCGCAUGAGUCUGGCCGCCAGGUUUCGCCGUUCGACAGACAUACCUCGUGAUGAUGACAGUUCCGAUCGUUCUUUAGGGCGUCAGAGGACACUUCGCAAAUCCUUUACAGACGAGAGGCGCCGUCCUACGCUCGAAACACUGGAGGAACCAGAUUCCUCGUACCAAAGUCCCGAGACGACGCCCAAAAAAUCCACUGGACGCUUCAAAUUGCGGAGGGCGAAGAAGCCACCGGAGCCACUCUUCCCCUUUGCGCAUCUCCAACAGAGAGGAAGGCCCCCCCCUGGGAUAUCCUCCGUGUCCUCCCUUGGUAUCUCCACCACUCCGCGCCCGGCGUCCGCACAGAGCGGCGGAACGGCUGGGGGAAGUACCGCCAAGGGCGAGCAGAGCCAUCGACCAACCCAGUCGCCUGGGGGGAACUUGUUUGCGCCCGGUGCAGAUCAGUCAGGACAUUCCUCUCCAACUAGGGGUAAUCUUUUGCGAGGCAGGUCCUCGACCAUGAGUUCCAUGGGCCGCGACUCAACCGAUGAUCAUCUUUUACCUCCGACAACUCGCACAUCGUCUUCUACUGGUCGAAAAAGCUUCGGCGACUUGUUUGGGUUAAGCCGCUUGCGCCAGAAUUCUGAGCUCAGUCGCCAGGGCACUCUUACACCGACAACUCCCGGGUCCAUUGGAUCCAAAAACAAUUCAUUGCAACUCGCAAGAGAGUCAUUCGUCCUCCCAGAGCGUCGAGAAGAUGAGUCAGCAGCCAAGUAUCUCGUCCGCGUCGAAGAUGUUGCAAGCCGAGGCAUCAUUGCCGCUACCCUUUCGAAAAGCGCAGACACAUUCAUGACAUCUGUCCUGAGGAGUUACAUGCGCAGCUUUAGCUUCUUCGGCGACCCUAUGGACAUGGCGAUUCGCAAGCUUCUCAUGGAGGCCGAGUUGCCCAAAGAGACGCAGCAGAUUGACCGGUGUCUACAAGCCUUUGCGAAUCGCUACCACGAGUGCAACCCGGGGAUUUACUCAUCUCCUGACCAGGCCUAUUUCAUUGCAUUUUCCUUACUCAUCCUUCAUACUGACGUUUUCAACAAGAACAACAAGCACAAGAUGCAAAAGGCGGAUUACUUGAAGAACACGCACGGGGAGGGCAUUUUUGACGACAUUUUGGAAUGCUUUUAUGACAACAUCACUUAUACCCCCUUUAUCCAUGUCGAAGACGAGUUGGACGUAAAUGGCGACCGCUUUGCUUCACACAAAUCGAGGCGAAACCCUCUGAUCUCAUCGACGAGCAACGACCCUACUAAACGGGCAAUCAAGGAGCCCAUAGAUCCAUAUACCGUGAUUCUAGAAGGAGCCAUGGAUGCUCUGAGGCCAAACCUGAAAGAAGCGAUGGACCUUGAGGACCACUACAACUACCUAGGCACUGCAACCAGCCUGAACCUCAAGGACCUCCAAAAGACCUUCUUCAGGACUGGUGUGCUACAGAUCGUGUCAGCUCGAUCCCGUCCGGAUGCUUUCAUGACCGAACAGACAGCGACGAACCCUGCAGAAGCUCACCCUGGCAUCGUUGAUAUCAAGGUGACCAAGGUCGGCCUCCUAUGGCGCAAGGAUGCGAAGAAGCGCAAAGCACGCUCUCCUUGGCAAGAAUGGGGUGCCAUUCUCACAGGGGCGCAGCUCUACUUCUUCCGCAACACAGGCUGGGUCAAAUCUCUCAUGCACCAAUACGAAAAUCACAUCAAGGCCGGCCAUGAUGGCAUCCCGCUGAUAUUCCAACCGCCGCUGGAGGAGUUCAAACCGGACGCACUGAUGUCGACUCACGGUGCCGUUGCUCUGCAGGACGGUACAUACAAGAAACACAAGAACGCGUUUGUCUAUGUGCGACAGGGGGGCUUGGAAGAGGUGCUCCUGGCGGACAAUGAGGAGGAGAUGAACGAUUGGCUCGCCAAGCUCAACUACGCUGCGGCUUUCCGCACAACGGGAGUCAAAAUGCGGGGAGUCAUCGGUGGGAAUUAUGACGGACAGGGCCGAAGAGGCAUGCGACGGCUUGACAGCUCUGACGCUGCUACGCUCAUUCAAACACCGACAGGACCUGUCUCGAUUGCUCGGAGCCGGAUAGACCAUAAGAUGGCGGAAGAUAUCUCGGUUGCUAGGCGAGAUGUCAUGCGACAGAAGAUUGCCGAGGCGAAUGAGAGCCUGCAAGAGGCCCAGAAACAACUGGACGAUCAGCUCAGAAAUGCGCGCCAUCUGCAGAUCCUUGCGCCUAUCCAACCGAGGACGAGAGAGCAGCUCCUGUCGGCUGCAGCUCGCAUGUCUGCACAGUUGAAGUGGACUCGCCAAGAGAUCUGGAAAUGCAAGUGUCAUCGUGACAUUCUGAUCCAGGAUCUUGAAGAGGAGCACCCGACCCCGGAGUAUACUCCAACCCAACAACAGCCUAACCGGCCUCCUCAUAGGACUGGUUCGCCCACUCCACGCUCUAAUACUACACGCAGGGGAUCACGGGGAACGCAUCAUUCCACAAGCGAUGCCGGCCCCCGAACACCAACAGAGCCCCAGGCCGUCCAUGUUCCACUCCCAGCUGAAGCCACGGAGGAUGUGGACUCGCCCCUGGAUCAGGUGUUCCAGACGCCCCCUCAAAGCGCCACUCGCCGUCGCCACAGCUCGCGGGAUCUCACAUUUACUCGACCGGAAGCUGGCAACACAAGGCACGGCUCUAUCUCGAGUAUUGCGCAGUCCCCUGUGAAAUCACUCCCCUCAACUCCACAAGCGAAGCCGCCGUCAUCGCAUGAUGAACGACCUAGCAAGCCUUCGCGGUCGUCUGAGCACGGCAGCCAGCACGACCCUGACGCUGAUGAGCGAGAUUUCUUGGAGCAGGCUGGCCUUCUUGAAUCGCGACCCAGUCGUGACCCUUCGGAUAAGGCAACCAUAUCGACGGGUGCAGACGGAACCGUCGAGCGUGGGACUUCUAUUGACAAGGGUGACAGGAGCAAGAUCCGCCGAAGUCUUCAGCGAACCCUUAGAGAGGGCGCUGGGCAUCUCUCACACCAUCGCAACAGCAGGCGAGGUAGAGAGGUCACAGGAUCAGCAGAGGAGUCGGGACAGGACCAACAGCUAUCCAGAGGCACAGGAAGCUUUGUGGUCCACGGCAAGAAGGCAUCCGUCAUCAAUUUCAGUGAUGGACUGCAAAAUAUGUCCCAAGACGAGAAGAUCCGCGCUCGAAAGCAAUCACAGCAGCAGGAACCGCCAUUGUCGCCUAUGCCUAGUGGCCCCGAGGAUGAUGAUUUUUACUCAGCUGUUGGUGUGCCAAUGGAAUCACAUGAACGGAGGGAGUCAGUGGCGAGUGCAAGCACGGCUACCGCCAGAAGCUUCCGAGAGCUUCACAGGAAAUACUCAACGGCACAAGCUGCUAGAAGCACUUCGGCCGGCGGGAGACUGACGAUCCCCUCGGACACUGAAAGCGAGGUUGCAGUCAGUUUCUCUGAUGGGCGACGAAGCCCCCUGCCCCCCAUUGAAACAGAAACAGAU